UCCCUGCGCUUCGCAGGGCUUCGCAGCGCCCUUCCCAUCCGCUCCUGGCUCCAGGCUCCAACAGGGCUGGGCGGCGGAGAGAGCGCGCAGGCGCGGCUGGCGGCUGGCAGAGCGGGGAGUAGCGGCGCGGAAAUCAUCAUCCAGGGACCUGCCAGAGACCACAAGAAAACAUGGGGAGGAUUUUCCUCACAGAAGAAAAAGCCAAUUCAGUAUUAAAACGUUACCCAAGAGCUAAUGGCCUUUUUGAAGAAAUAAGACAGGGCAACAUUGAGCGUGAAUGCAAAGAAGAAGUCUGCACAUUUGAAGAAGCAAGAGAAGCUUUUGAAAAUAAUGAAAAAACUAAGGAGUUUUGGAGCACCUACACAAAAGCGCAACAAGGGGAGAGUAACAGAGGAAGUGACUGGUUUCAGUUUUACCUUACCUUUCCAUUAAUCUUUGGCCUCUUCAUUAUCCUCCUUGUCAUUUUCCUAAUCUGGAGAUGCUUCCUAAGAAACAAAACUCGUAGACAGACAGUAACUGAAGGCCACAUUCCUUUCCCUCAGCACCUUAAUAUUAUCACUCCGCCUCCCCCACCAGAUGAAGUGUUUGAUAGCAGUGGAUUGUCACCAGGCUUUCUGGAAUAUGUAGUUGGGCGCUCAGAUUCUGUCUCCACUCGCCUGUCCAACUGCGACCCCCCACCGACCUAUGAGGAAGCCACUGGCCAGGUGAACCUGCGGAGAAGUGAAACAGAACCUCAUUUAGACCCACCCCCGGAGUAUGAGGACAUCAUCAACUCCAACUCAGCCAGUGCCAUUGCUAUGGUGCCUGUGGUCACCACCAUCAAAUGAAACUGCAAACUUCUUUUUACUAUAAUCAUUUUUAAAAUACUAAUGAAAGAACUUUCUAGCACUUUACCACUACAUAAAUGUGCAUUGACUCAUUUGAUUGGACUCUGACAGCAUACCACAUUUUCUGAUUGGAUUUUCAUUAGUUUUAUUUCCUACUAUAAAAUUAUUAUCCAUGCUCAUUUUUUCUGAUGGAAAUAGUUAAGAGGGAAAAACAUACUAGUGGACAUCUUCAUGUGAUGAGAUAUAUAUGUGUGUGUGUACAUGAGCCAAGUAUAUGUGCAACUGUCUUAAAAGGCCAUUAACUUCUGUCUAAAUCACCUGUAAAGAGAACAUUACUCACCAAAAUUGGAAAAAAAAAGGUACCAACAAUUUGUGUAGUAGAUAGCCAGCAACAUGCUGUUGAUUUUUGAAAAUAGGAUGAACUUAGCACGUUUUCUAAUUCUUACUGGCUUUUGUUAACCUCCUCCUUCUUCAACUACCUUAAAAGGAAAAAAAAAAUGCAAGUAGUCCAUCUUGAUUCUAGGACCAUCUCAGAAAGAGAAGACAGACACAAUAAACAACUUGCUUAUAGUGUAUAGCAGGAAAAUCAGUGGUCAUUAGUGGCCUUUGGCCAGUUUUGUAGGAGGGAUGAUUUUGUUGUUGUUGACUGCCUCCUCUCCCAAAUUAAACAGCAUUUGCUUAGCAUCUUUGAAUGUCUCAUGCUAUUUGUAUUAACAUCUUGAUGGAUAGGAUUUCCUGGCAACAGAAUAAUUUCUCAAGUAGAUAUAUGCAUUAAUGGUAGAAUAGAUAGAGAUCUCUCCUUUGCUCAUCAAUUUUUGGUGACAAUUAUUUUCUUCUCGCUGUUUCCUUGCAUUUUACUCUGUCUACUCUCUCUCUUCCCACCACAGAAUCUUCAAGCACCUAAGAGUUUAGUUAAAGUAAAACUCUUGAAAUUAUUUUCUUAAUGUUUUUGUAUAGACUGAAACCUGCCUCAAGAUGAGUAGGAGGCAGUUUCCCAUUAAAUUAACAACUGUGAUUUUUAUAUUGCUCUCCAGUUGUUGGAGGAAGAUUGCAAAGUCUGUGUUGUGCCAGGUGCACAAUAAAUCUAGUUAUAGCUUCACAUAGAUCUCAUUAUUGUUGCUAUUUCAUUUUGUAUUUUCAUCAAAGAUUUUUUUUAACUGAAGGAUUUUUAUGUUUCUCUUGGAGCAGAGGGAACAGGCUGUGAAUGAACUGCCAACAUAAACCAGCUCAGAAAGAAAAAAUAAGAUGGUGGUUUUGUAUGAAGUUCCAUUAUGUAUGCACUGAUCGAAAAUUCAUCAUAUUGGUCACUCUCAAGACUGCUCAGUGUUGGAUAAAAUGGUUGAGGAGGCAGAAGGAAUGCAGGUUUCAGAAGUGUCAUACCCUACUGCCUCCAUCUCCAGCCCCACCAACCCUUCCCCUAAUCCUGCCCUGGAACCCAAGGAAGGAGGAAUGCUGGGGAGAACCCUAAACUAGGAGUCAGCUGACCUGAAUUCUAAUCCAGUUCUGCAAUACACUUGCCAUGGUAACUUGGGAAAGACCCAUAUCUGACCCUCAAAUUCCUCACCUCUAAAACAGUGAUAAUAUUAUUCAUCCUGCCUCUCUCCAGGGGCUUUAAAAGGAUCUAAUGAGAUGGUGUACGUGAAAGUAAUUUGUAAGACGUGAAGAGCUAUCUAGUUCUAAAGUCAUAGCAUUGUUCUUAUUGUGCUUAAGGAGAAUUUUCUCCCUCUGUGUCCCUAAAAUUUUUCAGAGCUUUCACAUAGUGAGAAAUAGAGUAGACUGCUCCAUACACGGCUAACAUGUUCCUAAUCUGAGUGUGGGGGCUAUUAGUUAAACUCCUGUCAUUCUCUGGGCUAUACCAAGGCUGUGCCAACUUCAAGACAACUGCCAGCUCAGCACAAACAGGAUUAAGUAAAUGUUGGAAACUAAGAUGUGUGUGUUUAGUUAAUAGCUUUUGUAGCUUUCUUGGGUUAAAAAUGAGUAAAUCUUGACCCUGAUCUCAGCAGAAAUGACAAUAUUGUUUUGAAUUUGGCCAUGAAUACAUGGUGACCUUUGGCUUCUAGUUAAACCUGAAAGGGCGAGUGUUUGACCCAGCAACUUGUGUGUGUGUGUGUGUAUAUUUGGGGUUAUUUUUAAAUGAAAAUUAAGGUUCCUUUUGUGUGGACUUUUUUUGGUCAUUAAUACCAAGCCUUAGAUUAGACCAGCAGUUUUCAAAGUGUGGCCCAUAGACUCCUGGGAGUCCUGGAGAGCCUUUCAGGGGAUCUGUGAGAUCAAAACUAUUUUCACAAUAAUAUUGUCUUUUUCACACUCUCUCAAAAAGUAGUUGAAAAUAUAAAACAAUGCCAUCUCCCCACAAAUCUUUUUUCUGAUUUAGAAAAUAUAGCUAUUUUCUUAAAAAUGUUAUGUUAGCACAUAAUGGACUUUUUAAUUUUUAAAUGAAUAAAUACUUUUAAAAUUUUCAGUUUUAUUUUCUGUGUCAAAUACUGAUAGAUAUAAACUCCAUAAACAAAAGCUCUUUGGUAUCCAGAUCCCCCAUAAAUUUUAAGAGUUUAAAGGGGUCUGGAGACCAAGUGUUUGAGAAUUACAGAAUUAGACAAAGGAGCAGGAUGUUCUCUUACUAAGUAUAUAUUCUUACAACUUUAUUUUACAUUUUAAACUCCUGAUAUUGGAUUUAAUGCUGCCUCUUAGAGAUACCUGAAUUGUAGUAUAAGAAUGAAUGUUGAUCCUUGCAGCAAAAGCCAAAUGCUUAAACUGAUCAAUGACUACAGCUUUUUAGACUGUCAAAGAAAACACUGCUCCAUAGUGAUAACUGGCAUCAGCCACAGGUCUCAUGGUGGCAUUUGCGUGAUAACGACAGGAUAAACAAAAUACCACUUUCUUCAAGAAACAUUCUCUUAGAUUGGUUUAUUUUGUUUGAUUUUUGGUUUGGGUUUUACAUUUUUAAAAACCCUUUUGCUAUCCCAUCUGGUUUUAUAAACUGAGUUUCUUAACAUUUGUUAUAAUUAAAGGGGCUUGUCUGGAAUAAUAUAUAUUUUUUAUGCUUUUGCCUUUCUUAACUGAUUGAUAUUACAUUCACCUUUGAUCAUUUUUAAUAAAGGUUUAUUUUUGCAGGAUAUAUUUAGUACCUUUCUUAAGCAGUAACUAAAUUGAAUCAACCACUUUGCAUUUAAAUCAAAGAAUGGGCGUAAUGGUCGUCCAGCAGAAUGGUUUCCAAGCCUCCACGUGCAGUGGUUGUGUCUGGAACCCUAGAACUGGCACUUUCUGCCUCCCUGCUUUGAAUGUCACAAUGAAUUGUAUCUGUUUAAAUUAAAUGAUUUCUUUUUCUCCUACUGACCAGUAGAAAUACAGAUGCUGUGUUUGAUUCAUUGUUAAUGAAGACUGAUAAAACUGAUGAUUGAUGAUAUGAUAUGAUAACUGUGGAGGUAGCUUUAACUUGGUUCUGUGUAAAUAGCAUGUAUUUUAUUAUAAUAUUUCACAUUUUUAAACACUUGGUUUACAUUAAAUUAUGGUAUUUAACUUUUUAUGUUUAUACUAGCUAAGGUUUUUCUUAUGUUUCUGUGUUUUUGGUAUGCUAAAUAAAGCUAUUUUUAA